AAGGAGAAGAAGAGCGGGCUGCUGAAACUUCUAGCAGGAGCAUCAACAAAAAAGAAGUCGCGCUCCCCACCAUCCGUGUCCCCCACGCACGACCCCCAGGCAGCCAUCGAAGGAGUCCUGCAAGGGGCAGUGGGACCUGAGCUCUCCUCCCUCUCCAGCCACGGCAGGGCCGGCUCAUGCCCUAUCGAGAGUGAAAUGCAGGGAGCCAUGGGGCUGGAGCCUCUGCACAGGAAAACAGGCUCCUUGGAUUUGAAUUUUUCCAUCCCUUCUCCUGCCAGGCAGCCCCUCUCUUCCAUGGCAGCUAUUCGGCCAGAGCCCAAGCCUUUGCCCAGGGAGAGGUACCGCGUCGUGGUCCCGUACCCGCCGCAGAGCGAGGCCGAGAUCGAACUGAAGGAAGGUGACAUUGUGUUUGUGCACAAGAAACGGGAGGACGGCUGGUACAAAGGGACGUUGCAGAGGAACGGCAGGACGGGCCUCUUCCCCGGGAGCUUUGUUGAGAGCUUCUGAGGACGGCUCGCCGCUCUCUCAACUGGAGGAGCUUUCAGGGGAAACUGCAUAGCACAAGAAGAGACAGCAAAGGGAAACUGGACUGAUAACCACUGCCGUUUUUAUUUCCAAAGACUCCCCCCAGGCCCUUCAGUCUACAGCUCGGGAGACGCAGUGCCCCGCUGUGCUCCUGAGACCGCGUGCGGUGCAUACAGUGGUAUGUUGAAGUAGUGCCUUCCACCUGGAAUCACAGACUGAAAGGACGCCCAUCUGGACUGUACGUAACCUAAACUCCGGCUGUUAACCCUUUGUGUAAAUUAUAGAGAAGAUAUCUUUAAAAAA